GGCGUGGGCAAUCCCCCGGCUGCAUGGCUUGGCUCGGCCUGUCUCGCAUUCAUGUGCCAGAGCCCCCGGGCUCCACCUGCAAGCGCCUGGCUCGGGCUAAGCCGCCGCGGGUCCAGGAGCGGGGGCAGAGGACUGGCGCUGCGGGGAGUCGCGGGCUGCGGCCCGAUCCUGAUCCCGCGAGAAGGCCCGGGGGGGGGGCAGCACCCGCCGGUGUCGCCCUUCAAAUCUCUGUGGACGCGAGCCGGCUCCGCACGGGCCUAGCCGCCUGCUCGGCCCAGGGGCUUAGUCUGCAGCAGGGGCGGAAGGGAGGGGCGCCGUGCCCCUACCACUGCACCCCCUUGCGUCCAGGGCAGAAAAAACCCGAAGCAGGGCCCGGCACCAGGGGCGAGGGCCGCGUCGCUCGGGUGCAGCCAGUGCCCGAGCUCCGGGGGAGCACGGUGUGGGGGCUGAGCCCCCCGGCAGAGACAAGAGUCCCCCUGCUGUGAUGAAAGUCCUGUGAUGCUGUUCUGAGUGGGUGAAGCAGACGGGGAUGAAAAAUGCCCAGACAGACAGCAGUGACGAUCACAGCUGCCGCCUUGUUGGGUAUUGCAGCAGGGGGGCUGAUUUUGUGGGGGGUCGUUCGGCGUCGGAAAGAAAGGACCCACUGUAAACAAGAAGGAUCUGCAAGAGAGCCAGGAGAUAAGGAACUGACACCAGUGGAAGAAAAGGAGCUGCUUCCCUUCAGCUAUCCUGCCAUUUCUUGGGUGGAAAAGUUCCUGGAAGCAGAAGUUGUGAUUGUUUCAGAGCCAGCGGAGUGGGAUGGUGUGGAACCAUUGCUGAAGAAGGAGCUGGAGAGGUGGCCAGUGCUUGGGGUUGACUGUGAGUGGGUGUCAGUGGAAGGAAAGGCCAAUCCCGUAUCCCUUUUACAGAUGGCUUCCUCCAGCGGCCUUUGCAUUCUCGUUCGUUUGUCCAGGCUCAUCAACAGUGGACGGACUAUCCCAAAGACUUUACUGGACAUCUUGGCAGAUAGCACCAUAUUAAAAGUAGGAGUGGGGUGCUGGGAGGAUGCCUGCAAGCUACUUCAGGACUACGGCCUUGCAGUCAAAGGGAGCGUGGAUCUCCGUUACCUAGCCAUGCGACAGAGGAAGGAUCUGCUCCAGAAUGGGCUUAGCCUCAAGUCUCUGUGCGAGAAUGUCCUGAACUGCCCCCUUGACAAGUCUCCAAGCCUGCGCUGCAGCAACUGGGAGGUGGAAGAACUGACUCAGGACCAGAUCAUGUAUGCUGCCAAAGAUGCCCAGGUCUCAGUAGCUCUGUUUCUCCAUCUUCUGGGAUGUUCCCUCCUCCCUGCUACAUUUGAAGGUCAAAAUGCCAUCACUGCAUGGGAGAAGGUGGUGGGUAAGUGCCAGGGAUUGAUGGACGUCCCAUUCAGAGGAAGAAGCAGUAGCAGCCUAGGAGAUGAUGGGAAUGGAGAGGCAGACUCCCAGCAGAAACCAAGGAAUCGGAAACCUGCAGCCAAUGGCCAGUCCAUGGUCAAUCAGCAAGGGAAAGACCCUCGGAAACAAAAGCGGAAGCCCCUGGGUGUGGGAUAUUCUGCAAGAAAAUCUCCCUUGUAUGACAACUGCUUUCUGCAUGCGCCAGACGGACAGCCUCUGUGCACUUGCGAUCGCAAGAAGGCCCAGUGGUACUUGGACAAGGGCAUUGGAGAGCUGGUGAGCAUGGAUCCGUUUGUAGUAAAGUUGCAGUUUGAGCCCUCGGGACGUCCCGAGUCCCAGGUUGAUUAUUACCUGACAGUCAAGGAGAAUCUCUGUGUAGUCUGUGGCAAGAGAGAGUCCUACAUCCGGAAAAACAUUGUACCUCAUGAGUACAGGAGACACUUCCCCAUCCAAAUGAAGGACCACAACUCCCAUGAUGUGCUGCUGCUUUGUACUUCUUGUCAUGCCAUCUCCAAUUACUAUGACAACCAUCUCAAGCAGCAACUUGCAGAGGAGUUUGCAGCCCCCAUUGGCUGUGAGGAAGGGGUACGCCUCUUGGAGGACCCCCACCGCCGUCAGGUUCGGUCUGGGGCCCGUGCCUUGCUGAACGCGGGCAGCCUGCCUGACUCCAGGAGGGAGGAGCUGCUGCAAGGAAUCAAAGACUUUUUUGACAGAGAGACCAUUACACCAGAGAUGCUCCAGGAAGCAGCAGAACUGGAAACCAGCAGGAUUUACAAUGAGAACUACGUUCCCCAUGGCCUGAAGGUGGUGCAGUGCUUCGCCAAAGGGGGGUUGCGCUCCCUCAUGCAGUUGGAGAGGCAUUGGCGUCAGCACUUCCUGGACACCAUGCAGCCCAAGCACCUCCCAGUGCGGUGGUCAGUGGACCACAAUCAUGGGAAGCUGAUCCGAAAGUAUGGGGAGGACCUUCAGAUUGAGCUGUCGUGAAACGAUCCCUCCAGAGGACUGAAACCUGGGUCUGACAGGGAAAGCAGCCACUUAACAUGGAAGAACUAUUUUAUUUCGGCCUCCGCGUGGGAUUUGCAAGUACAUGGGCUUGCCAUUUCUCAGCGAGAGUCCCGCUGCCAGCAGUGGCUGUUUGGGGACUUAACAAUGGAGCUUUUAACUAGAUACUGAAUGAAAUUGCCUGUGAUUCCUUACAAGCUUAUUUUACAGAGAUGGGGCUGGGGGCCUCAUCUGGCCCUUCACCUCUAGACUGUUUUAAUCUGGAGGAAGUAUGGGAAAAGGGGAUGUCACCACCCUGAGAGGAGAGUGCCCGGUGUUGAUGUUGGCUAUCCCUUCAGAGUGGUGUGGUGCUGCUAGGUUUACCUUCUUGACCUGGAUUCUCAGCCUGGGUUGUGAAUUUUUUCAGUUUUGCCAGAUGCCAGAUAUGAACUGAUCUCUUCCUUCUACAGCUGCACCUCUUUACAGACCCACAAUUCCCUCUCCCCUGCCCCCAUCUCCUUUCCUUGCUUCUGGUGACAGGCACCAGGAGGAGACCUUCCAUGAAGAGAGAUGCCUUUGUGCGAAUGAGGUGAAGAAGCAGCACUGCUGUCCCAUUUUGAGAGUUGUGUGCAGCGAGGCCUCCAGUGGCCAUCACCUGAUAAAAUGUGACAUUGUUUGAUGCUGGCAGUAUGGGAACACCAAUACCACUUCUUUAAAAACAUAGGAGCUGCCAGCAGCACACUGUCUAUAGAAUUAUUACUUUCCAGUACAGUUUUUUCUGUUUAGAUACCAUGAUGCAUAAUUUCUGUAGUGAAAUGGGGUCAGUUGUCUUGCAAUGGAUUGUGGGGAGGUUUCUUUAGAGAAGCACCAUCUUCUAAAGCAUCCCUGCACAUGGUAACAACCUGAGUUCUAAUCCUGGCUCUGACACUGACUUGCUGUGUGGCCUUGAAUAGGCUGCAUAUUUGCUCUUUGCCUCAGUUUCCCUGUCUGUAAAAUGGGGCUAAUAACACUCACCUACCUCACAGGGAUGUUGUGAGGCUUAUUUGAAUUAAUGUUUGGAAAAUGCUUUGUAAAUGUUGGCCAUUAGAUUUGUUAAUUUUUAAUGUAAUUCUGCCUACUUAGGUUUAGCAGUCGUGUUUCUGCCUGGUGCUAGAUUUUAGUUUAUAUUUAACUUUUUAAAAUAAAUAACCUUUCUGUGAAACUGAGUUUGGGGUUGCUCUACAUCUUCCUCAUUGUUUUCCUUCACUCGCUGUCAUUUCUGGCUCUUCUGCAACUUCUGUUUACAACCCCAGUCAUAUUUAAAUCCAGGGAUUUCUAAUUGUUUUAACUCCUUGACAUCAUCUCUGUCAAAAGACAGAUUUGGCUAGAGAGCAGUUUACAGCUUUGAGUCAAGUGUCCUGGCCUACCUAGGGUUUCACCUUCGCACUGAGAAUAUGUUUAGUACAUGCCUCCCCUGUAGGAAGGUGGGUCUGGUAGAUGGAGCAAUGAACUAGGACACAGAAGAUCUGGAUUCAAAUCUUGACUCAUCAGAUAUCUUGUAUAACUUUAGGCAAGUUACUUAUUCUCUCUGUAACUUAGCUUCCUAUCUAUGAAAUGGAUCUAGUAUUUGCCCAUCUUGCAUGAGUUUUGCAUGGAUGAAUAAAUAAGCCAUUAGUGGGGCUUGGGCACUUUGAGGAUAAAGUAGAUGAAAUUAAAACAAUAGGUCCAAUUGUUCAGGGCCAAGAGGUAUGAAAUAAAAAGCUUUAUGCCAAUGGAAAAGAAGUUUGUUUUUUUUUAGUGCAGAAUGAUUGGUUCUGGUCCUGAUGGGUCACGCGAUACCUAUUCUUCUACCAGCUAUUGGUAGGAUAGGCAAAUCUGAUUUCUGAUCAACUCAGCCCGUAGUAAUUCCAGGAAAAAAAUCAUGUUUCAUGGGCAGUUGAUAAUACUUCUGGUGUAGGUUGCUUGAAAUACAUUGCAGUUGAGGAGAUAUGGCAUGCUUGUAGUCAAUCCCAAGGAGGUGCAGUAGUGGGC